AUGACAGUAUGCGGUUGGCCGACAGAGUGUACAGAGAGAUCAUGCUGUGAAUCGUACAUUUUUCGACUCUAUCUACUAGGCUUCACGUGAGUACUGUAGAGGAGUACUGUACCUCCCACAGAUUACUGUACAUUUUCAGAUUUGUGGUUGUUGUCGUGGCAUUUGUGGUGGGCGCCGGUUGGAUGUUAUUCGAAUUUCGACCAAAUUAUAGGUGAGAGCGAGAGAGAGAGAGCACGGGAAAGUUAGAGACGCAGAGAAAAAUUCAAAUUUUUUUUGCAGAAAUCGCCUUCGCCGCGCCGACACUGAAGAACAACAUCAAAUCGAGCAACGAUCCUUCGAGGAGACUAAAUAUCUGCGCAGAUUUUCCGAACUCAAGUGAGUACUGUAGCUGGGGGUACUGUAGCUAUUAUUACAAUACCCCUCGGGGUGUUAACUACACUGUAGUUAACCACAGUACCAUAGGUUACUGUGGAUUUACCGUAACUUCUUUCAGCCCUCUUCAAGCUCGCCGCCAUUCCAUCGACAACUGA